AUGCACUCUCCAAGAAAGAUUAAAAAAACCUCUCUAGCAAAACACACCAAACUAAGCAUGUGCAAAGUGACUCCACACAAUAUGUCUAAUCAGGAGAUAAGAGGGGGGCACUGGAAGAAGGGGAGGAUCAGAGAAGACAGGAUCAAACAGCAUUUUUACACAAUGCAGAGGAUCAACCCCAUAGGUUCCACAGUGAGUAUAACACGCAUGCUUUACUGCAGGGGCGGACUAACAACUCAUGGGGCUCCCGGGCAAUAGGGGAUCAUGGGGCCCCUGUGUCCUUGCCCAAACUCAAAAAAGCCUAU